GGCGUCGAUCGGUGACAUGCAGGCCCAGCAGCACCUCCCCUACACACCUGCUGGGAGGGAUGCUCGAGUGCAGCUGUGCUUUGGCAGGAACACACUCAUAAAACAAUUUGCAGGCAGACAAGAGCACAUCCGUGAGAAAGGACUAAAUUGCAGGCAUUGACAUCUUUGCACCGCCCGCCCCCAUCUCUACCUGGUGAGAUGAAUUGGCGUGGCAGCAACUCACCGCGAGUGUCAGUUCUCCCGCGAUCCAGGUGGAGGAAGGAGUGACGCCGCGCCGCCGCCGGAGUACAUAGCGAGGAGGUUAUCUUGCCUUAGUGUGCGCCGAAGAUGAGUUAAGAACAGCUAGUGUGAGGGGGAGUGUCGCCGCCGUGCGUGGGCCAGCGAACAGCUCCUCAGUGUGCGUGUCUGUGCAAUUUAUCCUGGAAGACGGUUUUAUAGAACUAAUUCCGGACAAGUUUGAGUGUGGUGGUGGUGUUGUCAUGGCCACGACGCCGCCAGCAACGAGGGACACGCCUACUACACUGGACGCCACCACCGACUGCUGAAGAUGGGCGUGGGCGUGCUGGAGGCGGUGCAGGAGGAGGAGGCGGCCACCCUGGAGGAGGCGCGGCGCUCUCUGUCAGCGCUAAGGAACAGAAACAAGGCGCAGACACACCUCCUCGUCGCAUGGAAAAGGAGACUAAAGGAGCAGAACGUUCUGCUGCAACAUCUACAGCGCGAACGAGACCACCACCUCCGCACCAUCCAAUCCCAGCUGAUGAUCUUCGAGUCUCAGCUUCGGCGGCGACAGAAGGAGGUGGAGGUACUGCUGCAGGAAAAGGAAACCACUAUUCGACAGCAACAACAAGUGAUUCUGUCGCUCUCUCGCGCCCUCAACACAACGCAGGCAAAGCAAGAGUCUGCCGCCUUAGCGGAAAAAUCCACGGAAUCGCGAGAUGAAGAAGUCGAACAGAAAGGAAAACAAAACGGUACUAACGAUGAAAACACCCUUAAAAAAAGUGAUGAUAAGUUUUCGAGUUCCUUAACCACCACCUCUUCGAAAAGUGAUCCAGAAAGUCUAAAUGACAGUGACAGUGCUAUCAUGCUGGAAGACAAUUUCGACUCUCUGGUGUUGAUUCCGUUAGGUAAGGGGGAAGUUAAGGUGGUGAGGAGUGUGUCUGACGCCGUAGAGGUGGCCAACAGAUCGUCUUGUUCGAGCAGCACCUCGGUGGCAGGGGACGCCAGUUCGCUACUCAAGCCAGGAUUCAACAACUGCAACAGACCCGGUUCUUUGUCCACCUCACCCUCGUGUUCCAGCGAGGAGAGCGAUGACAGUCCCUCCUGCACGCUAACCAAGGGCCGGGCAGAGCUCCUACGUACUGUGUAUAGUUUAGAGGAAGAAGAAGUAUGUCAAACUCUACCAGAACAUGAUUCUUUGUCAGAUGAUGCGACUUCAGUAGAGCCUUCCCUCCAGUCUAUUUUAAAAGCUUCCUCUCACUAUGACUCUGAUGCCACUCUGAGUGACGGGGAGAGCGAAGAAGAGGAAGAAGAGAGAUCGCGGCAAAUAGAUGACUCUUCUAAUGACAGAAGGCAGCUUUUGGGGUCCUUCGAGAAACUCAAUACCUUGGGGGCGACACCUGUUCGUGUAAAGGCUGAGGAAGAGAUACAGGUGACGUACAACCGCGUCAUGAGUAACCACAGGUCUGUUACGAAGCCAAAGGAUGUCAAGUACAGGAGGAUCAACAAAGCCAAAUCUAGAUCGCUAGAAGAACUCAGAGGAAAAUUGAAGUACUGGACGGAUCGAAGUGGCAAGCAUUCUUUGUCAGUGGACCUUAAUAACCACUCCUUCGCCUGAGGCAGAGUGGAAGGCGUUUUACAUGUAAAGACGUACACUAACGCAAUGUGCAAACGUCAGUGAGUGAUGCAGUCAGUGUCUUUAGAGAGUGCCUUCCUUCUUCAGUAGGUAACAGAGUUAUAGUGUAAGUCGUGAAGACCAGGACAAGUGUGGAGUCAUAACCAAAUAAGCCAUAGAGGCAUUAUGAUAACCAUAUUUUUUUUUUUUUACUUGAAAACUUCCUCUGAUCCAGCUCCUUGCCAGGUAAUUGUUGGUCCCAUUAAUGUUCCCACACAAAGUUACCAAACUUGCCCAGCUUGUGCCCCUCCCAAGACCUCUCACCCUUGUCGAUAGGGAACACACAAACAGUAUACUUUUUAUUAUGUUUUUUUUUCUUCUACACCAAAUAUAUAUAUAUAUAUAUAUA